ACAUCCAAGAAGCAAGAGCAUUGACCAGAGGCUUACAUCACAUGUGGGUCUUGCCUAAUAAAACAAAGAAGUGGAAAGAAUAGGAGUGCUUUAUAUUAAGUUAAAGAGAGUUUACAAGAAUAUAUGAAUCUGAGAGAUAACUCUUUGGAGAAUACAAAAAAUCGUGGAGCAUAUCUAGAGAUAGCAAAGGGGUGGCCAUGGAUGUUAUUAUUUCAAUUGCUGCUAAAUUUGCUGAAAUUAUGGUUGCACCUAUUGGACGUCAAUUUCGUUACAUACUCUACUACAAGGACUACCUUAAAAAGAUGAAAACUGAUGUCCAAAAGCUGGAGGGAAUAAAAAACAGUGUGCAACACACUGUUGAUGAGGCUAGAAGGAACGGAGAAGAGAUUGAAAAUGUUGUCCAAAAUUGGAUGAGCAAAGUGGACAACACUUUUGCGGAGGCAAAUAAACUAAUUGACAAUGAAGACCUUGCAAUAGGUCAACGUUCUAUGCGAAACUUUCCCAAUCUGUGCACAAGGCAUCAGCUGAGCAAGAAGAUUAAAAAGAUGAUACAAAAGAUUUCUGAAGUCAUAGUAGAAGGAAAAUUUGACAGAAUAUCUUACCGUGCUUCUUUGCAAGUAACAAUCACACCAUUCGGUAGAGGUUAUGAGGCCCUGCACUCAAGAACAUCAAUGCUGAAUGAGAUUAUGCUUGCAUUGAAGGAUGCUAACAUCUUCAUCAUUGGUGUGUAUGGGAUGGGUGGAGUGGGGAAAACGACAUUAGUGAAAGAAUUAGCUUGGCAAGCUGAGAAUGAUGAGUCAUUUAGUGCUGUAGUUAUGGCUACUAUAACUGAUUCUCCAGAUGGGAUAGAAAUUCAAGGCCAAAUUGCUGAUGCCUUGGAUCUGAAAUUUAACAAGGAGACCAAAGAAGGAAGAGCAAGAGAAUUGCGUGAAAGGAUAACCAAGGAGAAGAGUAUUCUUGUUGUGCUAGAUGACAUUUGGAGGAAAAUUGAAUUGACAGAACUGGGGGUUCCAUUUGGUAAUGAUCAUAAAGGAUGUAAGGUGGUGGUGACAUCUAGAGAUCUAAAUUUGUUACUUGAAGUUUUAAAUGAGGAGGAUAGUUGGCAAUUGUUUAAGAAAAUGGCAGGUGAUGUUGUUCAAGAUUUCAAUAUAAAACCAAUUGCAGUAGAAGUGGCCAGACGUUGUGCUGGUUUUCCGCUUUUGAUUGUUACUGUGGCAAAGGCUUUGAGGAAGAAAAAAAUCUUUGAUUGGAAAAGCACGUUAAAUGAGUUAGAGAGAUUUGAUCAAGAAGGGCUGCAUAAGAAAAUAUAUUCUGCUUUGGAAUUGAGUUAUAAUUGCCUAGAAAGUGAUGAGCUAAAGUCACUGUUCUUAUUCAUAGGUUCGUUUGGACUAGAUUACCUCCACACCGGAGAACUGUUUUCAAGCUAUUGGGGGAUGGGCUUAUAUAGACACUCUCACACAUUGACAGAUGCAAGAACCAGAUACUGCAAAUUAAUAAAUGACCUAAAGGCUUGCUCACUGUUACUUGAGUCUGAAGCUGAACUAAUUAGAAUUCAUGAUGUUGUUAGAGAUGUGGCCAAAUCAAUCGCAUCUAGGACUCGACCAACCUAUGGUGUGCAAAGGUUCGCUUUGAUAAAACAGUGGCCAGAGAUAGAUCAGCUCCAAAAAUGCCAUCAGAUCAGUCUGCAUUGGUCUUAUAUUUACAAUCUUCCUGAGAAGAUGGAGUGCCCAGAGUUGACUCUACUUAUACUUGAAAAUAUAGGUGAGUAUUUAAAAAUCUCCGAUGACUUCUUCUCUGGGAUGAGAGAGCUAUCGGUCGUUAGUUUAUAUGGAAUGAUGUUUGCUCCUUCUCCACCACCAUCUCUUCGUAUCUUGACAAAAAUCCAAACGCUGGAGCUGGCUGGAUGUGUGUUAGAAGACAUAUCAAUAGUUGCAGAGCUGAAGAGUUUAGAGAUUCUCAACCUUGAAAGAUCUGAUAUUAAAGAACUCCCCCAAGAAAUAGGACAACUAACUAAUCUUCGAAUGCUGAAUUUAGCCAAUUGCUCUGGGCUGAGAUUCAUUCCUGCAAACCUUAUUUCGAGCUUAACAUGCUUGGAAGAGUUAUACAUGGGGAAUUGCUUUAUCAAGUGGAAUAUAAAGGGAAGCAAAGAUCAAAGUAAUCAUGCAAGUCUAGAAGAGAUUUGGAAUUUGUCACAUCUAACAUCAUUAGACAUAAUGAUUCAGGAUGCUUCAAUUUGGCCGAGGGAUUUGCAGGUCUUUGAAAAGCUUGAUAGAUACAACAUAUUUAUUGGUGAUAUGUGGAAAUGGUCUUUGGAAUGGUCUGGAUGUGCUUCUGAAUCUUCAAGAAUACUUAAGCUCGCGGACAGUAGGAGUUCAAACAUUCUUUCUGAUCAUGGGUCUACCUUCUUGUUAAAUUCAGCAGAGGACAUGUGCCUUGCCAAAAUUCAAUGUGUUAGAAAUGUCCUUUAUGAACUGAAUAGGGAAGGUUUUCCACAAUUAAAGCAUUUGCGCAUUCAAGAUAGUACUGAUCUAAAGCACAUCAUUAACUCAAUUGACUGGAUUCAUCCUUAUCCUGCUUUACCCAACUUAGAGAGUUUAGCUCUUCAAAAUCUAUUUAAUCUUGAAGAAAUAUGUCAUGGCCCAAUUCCAAUUCAAUCUUUUACCGAACUAAAAUCUUUUGAAGUCAAAGGCUGUGACAAGUUGAAGAAUCUUUUAUGGUACUCUUUGGUUAGAAACCUUCCUCGCCUUCUCGAAAUAAAAAUUUCUGAUUGCAAAAUGAUUACAGAAAUCAUAGCUGAGCAAACAUAUGAUGCUGAUAAAGAAAUCGAUAAGAUUAUGUUCCAUAAGUUGCGUUCUAUUGUACUUGAGAACUUGCCUAGUCUCAUUAGUUUCUGUUCCAUGUUAUUGACAGUUGAUAUCAAAAAGUGUGGUGAAGAUUAUCAAGGUACACAAUGCUUACCUGUGGCCCUAAUGGAUGAAAAGGUUGUGAUGCCCCACCUUGAACUCUUGAAGCUGUCUAAGAUCAAUUCUAGGAAACUGUGGGAUGACAAACUUUCGGGGCAUUCUUGCAUUCAAAACUUGAGGAGUUUGACAAUUGACAAAUGUGGUAGCAUAGCCUAUGCAUUCUCAUCCUCAAUGGCUGGAGAGCUUGUAAACCUGCAGCAUCUUGAGAUUAGUAAUUGCCAAAUGUUGGAGCAGAUAAUUGUCUCAGAUGGAAAGUUUGACAAUCUUCCUUUAUCUCAGGAACCAUUCUAUAAUGAUGUGGGCAUCUAUUAA